GGUGGUGGGGCGUUGCUAUAUUGGAACUGUGGAAAACUUGAUUGUUUAAAACGAAGAAAACUUGAAAAAUUGCCAUCAAGAAGGAACUAAAUAGAGCUAUGACACUAGUUUGUGCAAACCUUGUGAAAAGGCCAUAGCUAGCAUAACAGUAUAAAAUGAGUGGUGGGACAAGCCACCGCAUCCGCAUGUCAUCCGGGACAUGGAUGUUGGUCGGAAACGUGGGUCAUUUCAUUUGUGCUCCUGUAGUCCUCAUAGACGCGGGACCAUCGGGUCUACUCCCGCCCAGUGGGCAUGCCCCGCCGACUGCGUGCGCGUCCGGAGAACAAGCGGUCAAAAUCGCGCGCGCGCGCGGUAGCAAUAAUGGCCCAGUGAUUCCAAGCUCAAGCAGCUGUCGGAGGAUCGAUCACCUCGUCACGCAUACGGCCCCAAGGUCGAUGUGACCACCUCACCAAGGUCGCCGUGGAUCCGCGGCCCCGACCGCUGUCUCCGUAGACUGGUUCCAUCCUGCGUGAUAGCUAACCUCCAUCCGCACCGACCGAUACUGCGACACCGUAUAGCGCAGCCCGCGCUCGUCGCCCCGAGCAGCCAGCCAGCCUCUCGGCCCAAUCCCAGCUAGCCGGCGAACGGCGCGGAGAUCCCGGAGGCCCCCGCCCGAGAGAAGCGCGCGCAUGCAAUGGCGGUGCACCACUCCCUCGAGGCGCUCGACGGCCGGUGCGACGACGACGGUCACCCGCGCCGGACCGGGACCGCGUGGACGUGCGCGGCGCACAUCAUCACGGCGGUGAUCGGCUCCGGCGUGCUGUCGCUGGCGUGGAGCGUGGCGCAGCUGGGCUGGUUGGCCGGGCCGGCCUGCAUGCUCUGCUUCGCGCUCGUCACCUACGUCUCCGCGGCCCUGCUCGCCGACUGCUACCGGCGCAGCGACCCCGAUAAGGGGCCCCGGAACCGCUCCUACUUGGACGCCAUCCGCGUCUACCUCGGCAAGAAGCAGACCUGGGCUUGCGGCUCGCUGCAGUUCGUGAGCCUGUACGGCUGCGGCGUCGCCUAUACCAUCACCACCGCCACUAGCAUAAGGGCGAUUCUCAAGGCGAACUGCUACCACGAGCACGGCCACGACGCGCCCUGCAGCUACGGCGGCAGCUACUACAUGUUCCUCUUCGGCGGGGCGCAGCUCUUCCUCUCCUUCAUACCGGAUUUCCACGACAUGGCGUGGCUCUCCAUCGUCGCCGCGGUCAUGUCGUUCUCCUACGCCUUCAUCGGCCUCGGCCUUGGCCUCGCCAACACCAUUGCUAAUGGAACAAUCAAAGGAAGCAUAACGGGUGUUCCGAUGAGGAGCCCUACGCAGAAGAUAUGGCGCGUCUCGCAAGCCAUCGGUGACAUUGCGUUCGCAUACCCGUACUCCUUAAUCCUCCUGGAAAUACAGGACACCCUGAAGUCGCCACCAGCCGAGAACAAGACGAUGAAGAAGGCGUCGAUCAUUUCAAUCCUCGUGACAACCUUCUUCUACCUCUGCUGCGGCUGCUUCGGCUAUGCGGCCUUCGGGAGUGACGCGCCGGGCAACCUCCUCACCGGCUUCGGCUUCUACGAGCCGUACUGGCUCAUCGACUUCGCCAACGCCUGCAUCAUCCUGCACCUUCUGGGCGGGUAUCAGGUGUACAGCCAGCCGAUCUUCCAGUUCGCGGACAGGUUCUUCGCGGAGAAGUUUCCCGACAGCGGGUUCGUGAACGACUUCCACACCGUCAAGUUCGUGUGCCUGCCGCCGUGCCGGGUGAACCUCCUGCGCCUGUGCUUCCGGACGUUGUACGUGGCGAGCACGACGGCGGUGGCCGUCGUGUUCCCCUACUUCAACGAGAUGCUGGCCCUGCUGGGCGCGCUCAACUUCUGGCCGCUGGCCAUCUACUUCCCCGUGGAGAUGUACUUCAUCCAGCGGAAGGUCCCCAGGUGGUCCACCAGGUGGCUCGUCCUGCAGACGUUCAGCGUCGUCUGCCUGCUCGUUAGCGCCUUCGCGCUCGUCGGAUCCAUCGAGGGGCUCAUCAGCCAGAAGCUAGGCUAGGCUAGGCUAGUCCAUCUUCUGUGUCCGAUUGCUUUUCUUGUUAUAGCAAAUGGGGAGAUGGCGUGUCUCUCCCUGGUGAUGAACAGCAGCAUCCUAGCAGGUCAUCUGGAGAAGAGGAUCAGAGCGUGGCUGUAAUACCCGAGUUUUGGGAUUUGUACUGUGAGUGAUGUAAUAAGAAAAUUAUGAAAGAAAUGAUGUCA